AAUGAUGAUAUUAGAACUUACCCAUGGUUUAUUAGAAGAACUGAGAUGCAUCAUCGUAUUAAGCAAUGUUUAGAGGAAGUUAAUAUUGCAGACAUUAGCCAUGACGAGCCAACAAGUUCCUCAAUUAUUGAUACGGAAAAUCUACCUGAUUGA